UGAGCGAGGCACGCGCUCACACUCAGGUUCUGAGCUGUGAACCUGGGCGGCCCGCGCGGACGGAGGCGUGUCGCUCCGGCUGUCAUCUUCCAUAGGCGGCCUCUUGUAGACGCGCCUGAAAUGCAGAACACGGCCCAUUAAGCACUGCCAGGCACAACUACAGCGCUUAGGAGUUCAUCCCCCUAAUCUCUGCGCCCCCAGAUUCAGAUCGUCUUAGAGGAUCCAAGACUCCAAAAUGUUUCCUCUGAAGGAUGCUGAAAUGGGCGCCUUUACCUUCUUUGCCUCUGCUCUUCCACAUGAUGUUUGUGGAAGCAAUGGACUUCCUCUCACACCAAAUUCCAUCAAAAUUUUAGGUCGCUUCCAAAUCCUUAAGACCAUCACCCAUCCCAGACUGUGCCAGUAUGUGGAUAUUUCUAGGGGAAAGCAUGAGAGACUGGUGGUGGUGGCGGAGCACUGUGAGCGGAGUUUGGAAGACCUUCUACGAGAAAGGAAACCCGUGAGUUAUUCAACAGUUCUGUGCAUAGCAUAUGAGGUACUUGAGGGCUUGCAGUACUUGAACAAGCAUGGCAUAGUACACCGGGCCUUGUCUCCUCAUAACAUCCUGUUGGAUCGGAAGGGUCAUAUUAAACUGGCUAAAUUUGGACUUUAUCACAUGACAGCCCAUGGUGAUGAUGUCGAUUUCCCAAUAGGGUAUCCCUCAUAUCUCGCACCUGAGGUAAUUGCACAAGGAAUUUUCAAAACUAAUGAUCAUGUGCCAAGUGAAAAACCAUUACCUUCUGGCCCUAAAUCAGAUGUAUGGUCUCUUGGGAUAAUUUUAUUUGAACUUUGUGUGGGGAGAAAAUUAUUUCAGAGCUUGGAUAUUUCUGAAAGGCUAAAGUUUUUGCUUACUUUGGGCUGUGUAGAUGACACUAUAAUAGUUCUGGCUGAGGAGCAUGGGUGUCUGGACAUUAUCAAGGAGCUUCCAGAAAGUGUGAUAAAUAUUUUGAAGAAGUGCCUCACCUUCCAUCCUUCUAAAAGGCCAACCCCAAAUGAGUUAAUGAAGGACCAGGUGUUCAGUGAAGUGUCACCUUUAUACACCCCCUUUAUCAAACCUGCCGGUCUCUUUUCAUCUUCGCUGAGAUGCGCUGACUUAACUCUGCCCGAGGAUAUCAGUGACUUGUGUAAAGAUAUAGACAAUGAUUACCUGGCGGAGAGAUCUAUUGAGGAAGUUUACUACCUUUGGUGUUUGGCUGGAGGAGACCUGGAAAAGGAGCUUAUAAACAAGGAAAUUAUUCGAUCCAAACCACCUAUCUGCACACUCCCGAAUUUUCUCUUUGAAGACGGAGAAAGUUUCGGGCAAGGUCGAGAUAGAAGCUCACUCUUAGAUGAUACCACUGUCACGUUGUCUUUGUGCCAGCUAAGAAAUAGAUUAAAAGACGUUGGUGGAGAAGCGUUUUACCCAUUGCUUGAAGAUGACCAGUCAAAUUUACCACAUUCAAAUAGCAAUAAUGAGUUGUCUGCUGCUGCUACCCUGCCUUUAAUCAUCAGGGAGAGGGAUACAGAAUAUCAACUAAACAGAAUUAUUCUCUUUGACAGGCUGUUGAAGGCUUACCCAUACAAAAAAAAUCAAAUCUGGAAAGAAGCAAGAGUUGACAUCCCUCCACUUAUGAGGGGUUUAACCUGGGCUGCUCUUCUGGGAGUUGAGGGAGCUAUUCAUGCCAAGUAUGAUGCCAUCGAUAAAGACACUCCGAUUCCCACAGACAGACAAAUUGAAGUGGAUAUUCCUCGCUGUCAUCAGUAUGACGAGCUGUUGUCAUCACCAGAAGGCCAUGCAAAGUUCCGGCGUGUACUGAAAGCUUGGGUAGUUUCUCAUCCUGAUCUUGUGUACUGGCAAGGUCUUGACUCACUCUGUGCUCCAUUCCUGUAUCUAAAUUUCAACAAUGAAGCCUUGGCGUAUGCAUGCAUGUCUGCUUUCAUUCCCAAAUACCUGUAUAACUUCUUCUUGAAAGACAACUCACAUGUAAUACAAGAGUACCUGACUGUGUUCUCCCAGAUGAUCGCCUUCCAUGAUCCAGAGCUGAGUAAUCACCUCAACGAGAUUGGCUUCAUUCCUGAUCUCUACGCCAUCCCUUGGUUUCUCACCAUGUUUACUCAUGUAUUUCCACUGCACAAAAUUUUCCACCUCUGGGAUACAUUACUGCUCGGAAAUUCCUCUUUCCCAUUCUGCAUUGGAGUAGCCAUCCUCCAGCAGCUACGGGACCGUCUUUUGGCUAAUGGCUUCAACGAAUGCAUCCUUCUCUUCUCUGACUUACCAGAAAUUGACAUUGAACGCUGCGUACGCGAGUCGGUUAAUCUGUUUUGCUGGACUCCUAAAAGUGCUACAUACAGACAGCAUGCUCAGCCUCCCAAGACAGCCUCUGAGAGCAGUGCAAUCCGGAGCUCAGCGCCUUACUUCUCUGCUGAGUGUACAGAUCCUCCAAAGACAGACCUGUCAAGAGAAUCCAUCCCUUUAAGUGAUCUGAAAUCAGAAGUAUCACCCCGGAUUUCAGCAGAGGACCUGAUCGAUUUGUGUGAGCUGACAGUGACAGGCCAUUUCAAAACCCCCACCAAGAAAACUAAGUCCAGUAAACCGAAGCUCCUGGUGGUCGACAUCCGAAACAGUGAGGACUUUAUUCGAGGUCACAUUGCCGGCAGCAUCAACAUCCCGUUCAGUGCAGCUUUCACAGCAGAAGGAGAGCUCAGCCAGGGCCCUUACACCACCAUGCUGCACGGCUUCAAGGGGAAGGUCAUUGUGAUUGUGGGGCACAUGGCUAAGCAAACAGCUGAGUUUGCAGCUCAUCUUGUGAAGAUGAAAUAUCCAAGAGUCUGCAUUCUAGAUGGUGGCAUUAACAAGAUCAGGCCAACAGGCCUCCUCACGGUCCCCUCUCCUCAGAUAUGAAGGACCGAGUGCUAUCACCCCCUCACAGCCUGUCACACUGAGACACAAGUGGACAUCCAGACCACUGUAUUGUGAAGUUUUGUCAUGAGAUACUUUCGUAAGUCUUGUGACUCAAAUGAUCACCUAUCAUGGCAAGAAAUUUGAUUGUUCAUGUAUUGCUGAAAGAUUUUCUUAAUAGUGAAGUCUGAUCAUGAAAUUUUUCCACACUGCACAUGAAGCCAGAAGAACUCAGCUGACGGGGCAGAUUUAGCACUAUCAAGAAUCCAAGUGAACUGAGAAAGCUGCCAUCCACUACACUGAGCAGACUGUCCUAACAAAGAUGUGUAGAAAAUAUGAUGUAUUUCUUUACCUCUUCUUGAUGGCAGAAAUUAGAAAGCUAGUCACAGUAAAUGUGGCAUUUGGUAACUCACAAAUGCACAUGUGUGCAUGUGUUUAGUCCACUGUGAAAAGUGGUAGCAGCAUUCUCAGAGAAUGGAACCUCAGAGACCAGCCAGAUUUGAUAGCAUAUUUGUCCACUUCCUAUAGCAGGAAAUUCAAAGAACAACUCAAACAGCUUCUCUGAUCCAACACGCUCAAGUCUUCACAGACGGAGACUACUGCCUUACCCGCACAAAGGUACAGAGCUGACAUCUUCUACUGCCUUACCUGCACAAAGGUACAGAGCUGACAUCUUCUACUGCUCUACCGCAGAAUAGUUUCUUCUUGUGAAUAAAAAAGCUUCUUAGACUGUGGCAGCACGCAUGGACCUGAGCCAGGUGGUGUCCCAGUGCUGAGAGGAGAGAUGGACACAAGCCCCUGUCCCUCACCAAGAAGCUAUCUCCAGUUGAUGACCACUCACAAAGAAAAAUUGGUUUCUCCAAAGGAGUCUCACUGAGGAUACAAGCCACACAGAGUCAGACCCCAUGCCCAGCAGUAGAUGGCCAACACAGUAUGAACUCAAUUAUAUUUUUAGAGAGUAGUUUUUGUCUGUUAUUGCUUUGUUUGGCAUUUUUUACCUUCAUGUUUUUUCUUAUGUGGUAUUGUUUCUGAUACUGUGUUUUCAUUGGUUUUAUUUGUGUGUAUAUGCAUAUAUGUGUGUUUCUUUGUGCUGUUUUUGUUUGUUUUGUUUUAUUCUGGUUUGUUUUCUAAAUAAUGAAAAAGAAGGCAUGGAUUUGGAAGGGUGGGAAAGAUCUAGGAGACAAUUAGGUAAACUGUGAUCAGAGUAUAUUGAAUGAAAAUUUUUCAAUAAAAGGCUCCUCAACACUCAUCAUUAUAUCUGCAAUGUAGAAGGAAAGAAAUGAGAGGGAAGGCAGGACAGAGGGAAGGCAGGACAGAGGGAAGGCAGAAAUAGGAAGAAAUAAGGAAGAAGCAUGAGCAGGGAACGGAACAAAGAGGCAUUCCCUUCCCUUCAAAGACACAGGCUGACCUGGCACACUCCCUCCACUGCCAUAACGGUGGCCAGCCUGGAUGCACAUGGUGGCACCCAGGGAAUGAUGAGGGAAGCUGAGAUUGCAGCCUCUGGCUGAAAGCCAUCUGCCCAGCUCCAAAAGCCUGACUACAGUGUGAGGAGAAGAAGAAAACAUGUACUGAGAGCCAGGCAGCAGCCUCUGCCCCAGGAUUUGAAAAAUUAGGUCCUGAGCUCCACUGAAUCUAAAAAACGACAAUUGUGUGAGACCACAAAUACGGAAUCAGAAAUACUAAGGCAUUUCAUCAUUUGUAAGAGAAACAUUUUUUUUUUUUAGAUUUCUGAAAUGAGAACAUAUAUAAUUACUGAAAUACGUCUUUGACUAUUUUCAAUGUGUUUUAAAAGUGUUCACUCUUCUCGUAACUUCUAUUCUUUGUCAGUGAGAAGACUGUAUACUCUGAACAUUUGUACAAGAACCUCAAGCUUCUGGGCCAUGAUUUCAUUCUGCUACUGUUGUAUCUUUAUUUGCAUCUGUUUUUAAUUUUGUGAGUACAUACGUGUGUGUACAGGUACCCGUGCCUAUGGUGUCAUCUGCAUAUUCUCCAACUUUUUUUGGUAUUUGGGGGGAGGGGGCUGUAGACUAGAAUGUUAAUUAGCUCAGCAGUAGGCCAGCAAGCUCCUAGGGUCCUGCUGUAUUCAACCUUCAGCACUAGGACUACAUACACCACCACCAUGCCCAACUAUGUUGUUAGGUUCUGGGCAUCUGGACUCAGGUAUUCAUACUUGAAAGGCAAGUGCUCUACCCAUCUGAGUCAUCACCUCAGCUUGCAGCUAUGUAAAGCUAUACUUUGCAAACCAUAAAAUUCACCUUUCUAUUCUAGGUGAUUCAGUGAUUUAUUAUAUUCAUAACAUUGUAUUUUAGUUACUAGUAGUAUUUAAUUCCAGAUCAUUUUCAUAACACAGAACUACAAUAUUGAAUAUAUUUGCAGCCAUUUUUGCAAUAACCUCUACUUGGUCUUUGGUUUCAUUUUCAUGCCUGGAGUAAGACAAGGACCUAACUUCACUUUUGAACGAAGAUAUCCAAGUUAAUUAAGUUAUAGCUGGUUAUUCACCAAUUAUCUUUUGAAUUAUUUACUAUGUAAGGUACUAAUGUGACCAAUAACUAUCAUUUUGUGAUUUUUACAUAGUUUGUAAAGGACAACAAAUAGGAUUAGAAAAAAAAUGACUACCAUUGUCUAACACCAUUUUUUUGACCAACAUGAACCUUGUCAGUGCUCCUAGUUUUCUCCGGCCUUUAGUGAUUUAACUGUCUCCACAGUAAGAAUGCAGCACUGAUAAUCAACUCCAAAGAGAGUAGCCCAGGUUUGACUGGGCAGAGUGACAGAUGGGAGAAGAUGAAGACAGGAGUGUUGCAAAGAGAACUGUAAGGAGAGAGUUGUGGUUUACCUCCCUCAGGAUCUUUCAUGUGGUUUUUCUUAAAACAUAACACAUUUAGGCUUGUUCUAAAUGAUGGGGAAAUGUUUUAACAUAUAAAUUUUAAGUACUACUUAAUAUUCUCAACUACAACAUUCAAGGUGUCUAUGAUGGUUAAUAUUGUUAACUUGACAGGGUCUACACUUACCUAAGAGACACUCCUCCAGGCAUGUCUGAGGGGGAGUUUCUGGAUUGGGUUGAUUGAAGUGAGAUGCCCCAUGCUAACUAUGAGUGGUCCUAUCCCAGUAGCUGGGGUUCAGGAUAGAAUAAAAUAGAGAAGGACCGCUACGCACCAUCAUUCAUCUCUGUGUCUUGACUGAGGAUGUAAUGUGACCAGCAAGCCCAAGCUUCUGUUACCACAACUUUCCUUCUUCGAUAUUCUGUACUCUAAAACUGUGAGCAAAAAGAACCCCUACCCUAUGCUGUUUCUAUCAGGGUAUUUUACACCAGAAACAGAAAAAGUAAUACAGCAUGCUAACCUGUGGUACAUCACAUCAAUAAAGUUGACUUUAGCAACUGUUUCUUAAAGUAAA